CAGAAGUAUUUUUAGUGAAAUGCAGUUAUUUUAGUUUUUACAACUGCAGUUUUUUAAAAUGCGUGUUAAGACUUGAUCUUUGUUUUGCCUGCGUGUGUUUACGUACGACCCGCCCGUGCGGCACAGCGGCACCGCGAGGCCGCGGCCGCCCCCCCGCGUUGCCAGGGCAGCGGCGGCGGGACCGGCUCCCGGCCGCCAUGAGCAGGAAGGGGGUGAAGCUGCUGGUGGACUCGCUGACCCGAUCCUCCAAGCACUUUAACAAAAGCGAAGUGGAAUGUCUGGUCAAUCUCUUCGACACGCUGGUGGCCAAGGCCAGAAGCGACUUUGCUGGGGUCGGCUUUAACCGCGUCGUGUUCCGAGACACCCUGCACAGCGCCUUUGGCAUGACGGAUGACGUGGCGUUGGACCGAGUGUUCAGCAUUUUUGAUAGAGACAACGAUGGCUGCAUCACUGUGGUGGAAUGGGUGGAAGGCUUAGAGGUGUUACUUCGGGGGACACUGGAUGAGAAGAUAAAAUACUGUUUUCAAGUUUAUGACCUGAAUGGUGAUGGAUACAUUUCGAGAGAGGAAAUGUUUCAAAUGCUGAAAAACAGCCUUCUCAUACAAUCAGCAGAUGAAGAGCCUGAUGAGGGAAUUAAGGACUUGGUAGAGAUAGCACUGAAGAAAAUGGACCAUGAUCACGAUGGCAAGCUUUCUUUUACAGACUUUGAAAAAGCAGUCAGAGAUGAAAACCUUCUCUUAGAAGCCUUUGGACCGUGUUUGCCAGACAUAAAGAGCAGUAUGUCAUUUGAGCAGAAAAUUUUCCGGGCAAACUCCUAAAUAGUAACUCCAAGUUGUAACUCCAUUGUUGAAUACUGUUAAUAGGGGUCUUCGUCUUCACCAUUCUUCGUGAUCUAGUAAAAACAGUAAUAGCUUCAAGUUGCUCCUGUGUUUCAGUAUUCCUUUGCUGUAAAAGCUAUUGAAUAAAUAGAAUUUACUUCUGUAACUCUA